AAAAAAAUGGGUGGAAGUAGGGUUGAGGUUGAUCAGGGCACUGAAGCCAUACGGCCUAACUAGAGCCUAACUAGAGCGUCUUUACUUACUUGUCGACUUACUGCGCGGCGCACAAGGCUGAUUGAGUGCCUUUGCCAUAGCGAGUGCUUGAUCAGGUUGAAACAGACUUGAAACUUUCGAGGGCCUUCACUCCCGCUAUCACUUCACUAGCAAUUUCACCUCGUGUUCGGACGAAAUAGAUAAGCAAUGGCUGAAGGACAGAGUGACCCCAGCGCAGCGCAACGAAGGUUGGCUGUACUUACCGGGCACUUGCGAGCGGGAAACAUUUCGCUGUCAGCAGAAAACUGUUCGAGCACUGACGCUCGCCGAGGAAAUCGUGGAUCCGCUCCCUCGUCCGGUGAUCAGAGAGCCUUCCCGGUGAAAAGGCAAGAAGAACUGAAGUGGAAUGGAUGGGGCUACUUGGAUUCAGGGUUUCGGAUGAAUGAAAAUGGCCAGAUUGAGUUCCAUGGCAAGAGGUAUCUUAUUGGUGGACAGGAGCUGCCACAUUUGAGAGAUUACCUGGAGCAACAUCUUGGUCUGGAUGAGAGCAUGUACCGGCCACCAAGGGAGCUCCCCAACGAGGCUGACAUCGCUCCACCAGUCCUGAACAAGUCCUUCAUUGCUGAUCUGACUGAGCGAGUCAAGGAUAUUCUCCAGUCAUCAGCUAUAAUGGAUCGAGUUGUCCAUUCACAUGGUCAUACUCUAGAGGAGAUGUAUGCAAUGUGCUAUGGAAAGAUGUCUCGUUAUGUGGACUACGUUGUGUGGCCAUCAAACCAUGAUGACGUAUUGCAAAUUGUUGAGUGCGCUGCACAGCACAAUGUUUGUCUGAUUCCUUGUGGCGGUGCUACCAACGUCUCUGGUGCUCUGAUGUGCCCGACGAAUGAGAAGCGAAUGAUCGUCUCCGUUGACAUGACCAAGAUGAAUCGUGUGCUGUGGGUGGACAAGGAGAACCUCACGGUACAUGCUGAAGCGGGCAUCAUUGGACAGGACCUUGAACAUGAGCUUGGUAAACUCGGAUUCUGCACUGGGCACGAGCCAGACAGUAUGGAGCUCAGCUCACUGGGAGGCUGGAUUGCGACACGGGCAUCAGGCAUGAAGAAGAAUGUCUAUGGCAACAUCGAAGACCUUGUGGUUAGAAUACGCAUGGUAACUCCAAAGGGAACCAUGGAGAAGAGUUGCAUGGUACCCCGGUUGUCGGCUGGACCUGAUAUCCACCAUAUGAUGAUGGGAUCUGAAGGAAUGUUUGGAAUUGUGACGGAAGCCACUCUGCGGAUACGUCCAGUACCACAAACUCGCAAGUACGGCUCUAUCCUGUUUCCUGACUUCACCAAUGGUGUUGGAUUCAUGAGAGAGAUUGCUAAACAGCGAUGUGCACCAGCUUCUAUCAGACUAGUGGACAAUGAGCAGUUUCAGCUUGGCCAUGCCAUGAAGGGUCCUCCAGGAUCAAUGUUCACAACCUGGAUGGAUGCAAUGAAGAAACUCUACGUCACCAAGUUCAAGGGCUAUGAUCCACAGACGCUCACAGGCUGUACAUUACUAUUUGAAGGCACAAAGGAGGAAGUAGCAAUCCAGGAGAAGAGAGUGUACAGCAUUGCCGCACAGUUCAGAGGGAUGGCUGGAGGCGAAGAGAAUGGACGGCGUGGUUACCUGCUGACUUUCCUCAUUGCCUACAUUCGGGACUUUGGCCUUCAGUACUUGUUUGUAGGCGAUUCAUUCGAGACAUCAGUACCAUGGCCAAGAGUUCUUUCACUGUGUCGCAACGUGAAAGAUUGUCUGCGAAGAGAAUGCUCCAAACUAAACCUAGUUCAUCCACCACUUAUCUCCUGCCGAGUGACACAGACGUACGACUGUGGUGCCUGCGUGUACUUCUACAUGGCAAUCAACAGCAAGGGUUUAGCUGAUCCAGUGGCUGCAGCUGACACACUAGAGGUUGCAGCUCGUAAUGAAAUUCUUGCCAGUGGGGGCAGUGUCUCUCAUCACCACGGCAUCGGGAAACUCCGCAAGAAGUGGGUAACAGAAACCCUGUCAUCCGAAGGUGUUGCUGCAAUCCGUGCACUCAAGGACCACAUUGAUCCCAAGAACAUCUUCGGAGCCAAUAACCUACUGCCGGAUGACAGCACCACUGGCCAUUGAUUAACAGCACAGUGGCCCGGAAUCUGUGCACUCAAAUAGUUGAAGGUCAAUUCUAUGCUACCUACAUUUGGUCUUCCUACAGAUAGACCAAGACUGCAAGAGACAGAGCUUUCGCUUGCUAAGUUGCUAUUCUAUUUUAGCUUUGAUAUGGAGACGUGUAUUAAUUUAUCUUGCAAAGACGUGCUCAAUUGUUCAAGAUCUAUGAAUACCCUAUGAACAACCUGUGCCAAUGGUGUGUGUAUUGAAUGCACAACUUGCUUUACUUAUUGCAUUGAUCUAUGAAUACCUUUGUACUUUAUUGCAAUUGCUCUGCAUCAUUGUUUCGUUUUACUAUGCUGCUCUCGUACUUCUUGUAUUGGAAAGUUAUCAGAGAUCAGAAAAACACUCCAGAUUACAACAUAUGCACACCAUGAGAAGCAUGCAAAUCUGCCGGCUCCACACCAGCUGAGUUUUCUUAUAGGAAUGCAUGUACAAGCAUGCACGCACACUUUACCCGCAGGUUAACUGCACACAUUUAACAAGACUUUUUCUCUUGUAAAAUAGUGUCCUCCACACUUUGGUCGCAACAUUGAUCCAGGACCAUUCAUUGACAACUCAAAUUCUAUUAUUGAUAUAGGCACCAGAUUGCAUGCAGUCUGCCCAGUUUGAUUAUGCAUAAUUGAUCUUUGUAGUCAUUUCAUUUAGAACGGAUCUCAAUUUGGGAAGAAAGUGAUAAAGAGAUGUCCUUCAUGAAGUCUGGUA